CUAUGCCUGCCUGCUGUCUUCUUGUUGUUCUCUUGUGAGUUUAAAUCAACUCGUCGAAAUAUUCAUUAGUGUCGGCCAUCUUAGUUUUUCUAUGAUUAAUUAUUUUCGUCUUGUUUCCAGUUGAAUUGAUCUCUAAUAAAGAUAAAUUUUCCAAAUAUGAGCAGUGUUGCUACAGAGUCAAAUUCAACACACGAGCAAGAACCCACCGUUGAAAUGAAGUUAAAAGAAAGUCACAGUCCCAAAAAUUCGGACACAAAGGAAAAUAUUAACUCCGAAGUUGUAAGACAGGAUUCAAAAAUUACUGAAAAUCAUUCCACACCAGGAGAAGAAACAAAAAUUAAUGGAGUUAACAACGAAACAAAAUGUAAAAAUCAAUUGAAAAAUUCUGAAAUUAACACCGAAAAUAUGGAUACUUCUAAAACAAAAGAUUUAAGUAAAGCUAAAACUUUCUCAUCACAUAAUGGCUUUAAGCAAGUCGAUGGAGAGAAAAAUGAAAUGGAAAUUGAUGAAACCCUGUCAUCAAAGCCUGAUAUUUCAAAAUCAGAUUGUGAGGUUAAAACUGAAAAUAGUGAUACAGCAAAAACUUCAGUUGACAAUUCAUCCAAUGAUCGAACUGAAUUAGAUGGGGUUAAACAAAAAAUUAAAGAUGAAAUCUUAACCCCCGAUGUUAAAUCAGAGAAUGUUGAUUUAAAAAUCAAUGAUAAUAAAAAAGAAGUAACCAGCGAAAAAGAAGAUGAUAGUGAAUCCGGUGAUGUGAUCAUCAUUGAAAGUGAUGAAAAUACAAAAGCUCCAAAUAUGUCAUCAACAUCUCCAUCUAAUUCUAAAUUUAAAUCUAACCAGUCAUACGAUCAGUCAUUUAGGCAACAGAACAAAACACAGAGUAUCACACCAAACAAAAAUGAUAUUAAUAAUUCCCCAUCAUCCUCAUCAGGACCCAAUAUUGGGGACACUUCUAUGACUGCAUUUGCUAGAUUACUGCACGAUUUAGGAGUUGAAUUAGUUCGACAACAUGUCUACAAAGACCUGGUUGAAAUACAACUAUCUAAAGAUGCCCAGAAUAAAUUGAAUGAAAGAGAGAAGGAACAGCUAUCCAAAUUGGAAGAAUUUUAUUCCAAACAGGAAAUUAGAAAUGCUCCAUACAGUCUGAAGCAGUAUGUCACCAGGUGCAAAUGUCGAGUGUUUGCGACAGAGUCAUUAAAUGUCAUGCGACUUCAUCAGGAAUAUGGAAGAAUGGAGAGUGGAUCAACCCAUGUCUGCUGCUGUUGUAGGGAGUUCAAAUCUCGCUGGCCAUCUCAUUACAUCUCUCACAUGAAAACUGAUCACGAUAUGAUUGGCAGAUUGAGGAAAAAGAUGUCUCCCUAUAGAUGCUCCUUUUGCUCAUAUGAAGCGAAAAAUCAAUUGAAGAUCGACUCGCACAUGUUGACAUGUUCAAAAAGGUUUGUCUUGGCCUGCAACCUGCAGCCACUUCCUGCUGAUACUGACAUCCCAUUGAAGAGGAGAUUCAUCCAGCCAUCAACUUAUGCUGCCAGUACACAACGCUACUCCAGCUAUCUCAACAACAACAACAACUAUUCCAAUUAUCACCAGCAGAAUAAUUAUUAUUCUCAACAGCAGCAGCAGCAACAAGCUGGAGGAGGAGUUUAUGGUGCUGCUGGAACAAUUGGAAGAGGAAUGGUGUCGUCUGCAUCAUCCAUGUACUCCAACCAAGUGUCAGGCACAGUGAGCGGAGGAACGGUACUGUCACAGCAGCAGCAACAGAUGGUGAAAGAUGGACGAGGUGUAAUGAAAAUGACAUCAGCUGCGAAUGCAGGCCAGAUGGAGACGUGCGAAAUCUGUAGUGCCAGCGUGGGUAGUCGGGCAUCAUUACUCAACCAUCUGCAGGUAAUGCACAAAGUAAAGUUGAACACGGCCAGAGGAUCUACAGAGCCAACCAUGUCCUGUGACAGGUGCCCUUCAAGAUUCUGGACAUAUCAGGGACUGGCCAAACAUGCUACAAUUGUUCACAGGAUCAAUACAGGAAUGACCUCAUCAACUCCAGGAAAUCAAGGUCGCACCCCACCUAUUUGCCACAUCUGUGGGGAGAGUCAGACCAUCAAUCCACUGAAUCAUAUGAGCACAAGACACAACAUCACAUUGUUGGAUAUGUACCAGGUGAAACAGUGCUACAUUUGCAACAAAGCUUUGAAAAACGGCCCAAACUUCCAGGAACACAUGGUGUUGUACCAUCGAGACAUAUUUGCCAACAAGGAUGUUUUGCAUACUGUUUUACAGGCUCUCUCGGCCGCUCGCCAUCUCAAGAGAGAAGAAUCAUCAUCUGUACAACAUCAUCAGCAGCAGCAGCAGAAUCAACAGUCAUCGGCUUCCACCUCCUUCUCCUCCUCCUCCUCAUCAUCAUCUACGAAUGCCAAUUAUAAUAAUAAGUACAAAAAGUUAACAGGCAACCAGCCACAACCACAGCAGCAGCAGCAGCAACGUCAUGGCAACAUGACAGCCCCUAAGAGGAGAGUGUCGCAGUCAACGAGUCACGUCGUCAAUACAAUCCCUAGCAAGCCUGUUGAAAAGAAGACAACGGAGCAAGAACGUCUGGAGAUGGAGAAACUUUAUGAAAAUUUUGCUGGCAUUGGAAGACCAAUUUUGAGAUCUAUGAAACAGAGAUUGUCAUCAUCUGGAAACUCGAGUGCUUCUAAUGCUGCUGCUGCUGCUUCUGCUGCUACUGCUUCUCCAAGUGCAUCUGCUAAUGUUGCCAGUAGUUCUUCACCACUUAACACUAGCUCCACAAAUAAUAACUGUAGUACUACAAGCGAUGUUGUUGCAACUAAUAAUGUUAGUAACUGCACUGGCAACGGUAACAGUGGCAAUGCAGGCAGAGGUGGUGUUGUCAGUAAUGUUAGUUUUCAGCCACUAACAGCGACAUCAUCAUCAUCAUCAACUUCGGGUAUCAACUCCACGGAACAAAACAAUCAGCUACAAUCUUCAUCACUAACUGUUGUCAACAAUUGCAGCAAAAACUUUGUAAAUAACAACAACAAUAACAACAUUAGUUAUCACAACAACAACAACAAUAAUAAUAAUAAUAUGCUUAAUGACAGAUCCACCAGUGAACCAGAGGCAAAAAAAAUAAAAUUGGAUAAUUCAGCAGGGGUAGCAAUAACCACCAAUUCAAGUUGA